AAUCCAUCUCCUAUGUGCCACUCUCUCCCUCUACGUCAGCCCCACCUACAUCGCGGUUUCUAUACUGACCUAGGGAGCUAGGUAUAAUUCCGUCGUGUUCGAAACCACAGGCGCUAACCUCUAUCGCACUGCCGCUGUCUCUUCGCACUUUAUAGACUCGGCCAACCGGACAUUGCCCAUACCUGCUGAUUUGAAUUAUCCGGAUUGGGGCGACAUUGACCUAACCAAGUACAAGAACAUCUCGAAUCGCCACUGCAUAUCACGGUACUCCGCCGCGACCAAAAGGGAAAGCAUGUCGUACGUGACUGAAGGCGGUUCUGUCGUCGCGGUAUCGUCUGAUCCGCGUCUCGCGAGCGACGAUUUGUUUGCGUAGUUACGGCGAUUCCUCUGAGGACGAUCUGUGGCGGAACUUCACCGUAUCCAUGGCAAACGCAACGACGGCGACUAGGCACGGCCUUAGCUUCCUCGAUAUGGGCCAAGUGCCCCUUGGGAAAGCGUGGGUCUGUUUAGAUCAGAUCGUGAUUGGAAAAGGGGGCGCUUCCGUCGGCAAGUGCAACAUGACGGCCCUGGGAACGAGUUUGGCGCGCUGGACAUUGAACAGCCAUCGCGUAUCGUACUGCUUGUCGGAUCCGCAGCCCGCGCGAUGCACAGUCCAGUUCAGUAUCACUCUCUUGUGGUCGUGGUCCUCUGCAACGCUUUGAAACUACCGAGUAUGGUGUAUGUCAUACUCCGCGUUCAGCGCAGGCCUCUGACCACAAUUGGCGAUGCCAUUGCUUCUUUUCUCGCCCAGCGUGACCCCAUCACUGCAGGAAAAUGUCUUCUGAG